UUUUCAAGAUAAGGUAGCCUCCAAUGUCCUAGAACUAGCUCUGUAGACCAGGCUGGCCUUGAACUCACUGAGAUCUGCCUGUUUAUGCCUCCCAAGUGCUGGGAUUAGAGACAUACACCACCACUGCCCAGUUCUCCAGUGAACUUUUUAGCACUAACUUCCUAACACCUCAUCUAUCUAAAUUAAAUGCCAAAUCAGUUUUCAAAAGUAUGCAUCUUUGCAUCUGAAUCUUAAUAAGACAAGCAUAUUGAAGUUGGUUAUACAUCUUUUAGACAGCCUUUAAUUCUUAGGCUACCCUUUGUUUAUGUUCCUUGAACCAUAAUUAUUGAAGAUCCCAGGUCAGUGUAGGGUAGUGCUCCCUAUGGAUGUCUCAGGCUGACAGCAUCUCUGUGUUCUCUGGGUGUGUGGUGUGGCAUGGGCAGUGUGUAGUUUGGUAUGUCCUUUUACUUGGAACUACGCUGCCUGUCCUUCUGUAACCCUAGUCCUAGUUAAUUGUUUGGACACAGAAGUGGUAGUUAUUUUAGAAAAAGAAUGUCCCCUCCUGAAGAUCUCCAUGACCUUUGUGAGAGAUGCUAGUUACAGAAAUGCAUGCAUUGGAAGGACAGAUUCCAUGUCAGCUUUCCCUCUCACAAAAAUCAUGUUUCCAUUUUGUUCAGUGGCUUUUCAGCGCCACACAGCCUGCGUUUUCCUUCUGGGCAGGAGAAGCUUUACAUUUAGAAGCCGACACACACGGUCUGCUGAUCAUUUACUUUGGAAACUAAAUACACAGCUUGGGCUGUUGCCACGUAUUAAAGCGGGGAUCCUCCUGACUUGGUGAAGUUGCAGCAACCCUUCAGGAUCCUCAGUUCCAGGAGGUUCUGUGCAACAGCCUUGUCUACUCAGAGACAUUUCCUUCCUUUUUCAUCUUGUCUGAGAAUGAGGGGCUGACACUGGACACCUGCAGGAGAGCAGGAGCUGAAUCCCACAGGUGAUCACAAGCCACAGAACCUCAUAGCUAACCACCUCUUCCUAGUCUGGCCCCAGAGCUAGGAGCCAGAGGGCUGUGACUGGGGAGAGUGGGCGGGGCAAGCUAGGCUCUGCCCCUCUGUUAUUUUACUCAGCCUUGCUCAGGCACCUGCACACCAGAGCUUGUAACAUCCUCUACCUCCUUUGCUUUCAGAGGUUGGACGUGGUGCAGAACCCAGAGAAGUCCAGGCCCAGCCAUGGGGAGCCGCGUUUCUCGGGAAGAUUUUGAGUGGGUCGACACGGAUGAACCACAUGCACAGAGGAGCAGAGAGAUUCUGGCAAAAUAUCCAGAGAUAAAAUCCUUGAUGAAACCUGACCCCAACCUCAUCUGGAUCAUAACUCUGAUGGUUCUCAUCCAGCUGGCUUCAUUUUACUUAGUGAAAGACCUAGAAUGGAAAUGGGUCAUAUUUUGGGCCUUUGUCUUUGGUAGCUCCAUAGACCACUCAAUGACUCUGGGGAUCCAUGAGAUUUCUCACAAUUUCCCAUUUGGCCACCACAGGUCGCUGUGGAACCGCUGGUUUGGAAUAUUUGCUAACCUCCCUAUUGGGGUUCCAUACUCGAUUUCUUAUAAAAUGUACCACAUGGAUCACCACCGAUACCUCGGAGCUGAUGGCAUUGAUGUGGACGCUCCUUCUCACUUUGAAGGCUGGUUCUUCUGCACCACUUUCAGGAAGCUGGCCUGGGUGGUUUUUCAGCCUUUGUUUAUUUUUCUUCGACCUUAUUUUGUCAACCCCAAACCAGUUACUUAUCUGGAAACUAUCAAUAAUGUGACCCAGAUCACUUUUAACAUUAUAAUUUACUAUGUUUUUGGAAUUAAAUCUUUAGUCUACAUGUUGGCAGCCUCCCUGCUUGGCCUGGGUUUGAACCCAAUUUCUGGGCAUUUUAUAGCUGACCAUUACAUGUUCUUAAAGGGGCAAGACACCAACUCAUAUUAUGGGCCUCUGAACUUUCUCAUGUUCAAUGCGGGCUACCAUAACGAACAUCAUGACUUCCCUAGUAUUCCUGGAAGCCGGCUUCCACAGGUGAGGAAAAUAGCAGCUGAAUACUACGAUAAACUCCCCCAUCACAACUCCUGGGGGAAAGUAUUGUAUGAUUUUGUGAUGGAUGACACAUUGAGUCCCUACUCCAGGGUGAAGAGGCUUCCAAAAGGGAAUGAGGUUCUGGAGUAAAUAUCACCAGAGCCAAAGAAAACCCUCUCCAAAGCUUUAUUAUUAUAAAUAAUAUGUGGAAAUCUCUCCCUAACCUGUCUCUCUCACCGGUAAUUUAACUUGGGGCAUCAUACAUGCGCAGCAAGAGCUCUGCCAAUGAGCUCUGUUCCCAGCCUGAUUUUUUGCCUGGUUAAACUUGGGAUCAGUGAUGGUCAGAAGCUGUCUUGCUACAAUUUAAACUCAGAUUUCUGUGAUAUCAAGAAUUCACUCUGGUUUUCAGUCGGCCUGACUGUUACAGUGCUCACCUCUGCUUACAGGGCAUUUGCUGAUUGAAUUAUAUCAUUCCUGGUGGUGUCUUCUUCUAUGCCUAUCACUUUGUAAGCACAUCAUGAAUUGCCUACCUUACUACAAGAUUUUUACCAUUAAAUUUUACUUUAAUGAAAAAGCUAACCAAUUGCACUGUCAAUCAAAUGCAUUUACUGUUUUUGUUGUUGUUGUUUUUGUAUUUCACUGUCUUUUCUCUAUGUUAUAUGGUUACACUAGUACUUGGGGAAACUUAACUAUAAAUUUCCUUCCCACGAAAAGGACUAGAAAGUCCCAGAGACCAUGGUGGUACAUACCCAUAGUCUUAAAUACGGUUCCAGGAAGGCUGGGAAGGAGAGUCACUUGGUACCCUCUUGGGUCUAUAUACUUGUACCUCAAGCAUUUUACCCACAGAGCCAUUUCCCCAGUCCUAUUACUUCCGUUUCCAAAGGCUCAGAGAGCAGUGCAUGCAUACCUUGGGAGAAUGACCAUUCUGCUUCAAUUGAACAACAUUUCCUUUCAAUAUACACAUUGGGAAGGGAAUGGUCUGUUCCUUAUCAAAAGAAAAAGGAAAAUGAGGAUCCAAAAUAUGAAGUAAAUUCUUUCAGGUUGGCCAGCUUCCUCUUAUAGUGGUGGGGAACCAGAACUGGAUCUAGUCACCCUUGUUCUAAGUUUAAGGCUUGUCUACUGUCUAUAAUGACACCCUUCAGUUAUAUAUCCACAAAGAGCCCCCUUGCUUGCAUAUGAAAGAAGGGGCUGGGAAGUGGUGUCUUUAGUUGGAAACUGGGUGUCUAAUGCUGAGACGAAUUUCAGUAAUUUGGAAGAAAAUCGUUCACAGUGAUGGCUGGUUCCUCCACUCUCCUGUCAUCCCACAAUCCAGGGGAUGCAGCAAGCUGUUUCUGCCUCCAGCUUGGACUUUCAGAAAUAAGGAAAGCCGAGAAAGAAAGAGAAGCCAGGCAUGG